AUGCUCGCGUUCAUCGUGUCGCUCGUGGCGUAUACGGAUCCGGCGGAAGAGCUGUACGGCAUCUGGGAGCGGAACAUGGGCAAGAAUCGGGAGACCAAGUUGCAAACGCAGUACCAUUUCGCCUAUGCGCAACAUCUGGCGCCCUAUCGCACCCGCAAUAAUGUCACCCUCCUCGAGAUCGGUGCAAACACAGGAGACUCGCUGUAUGCGUGGUCGGAGUACUUCCGCGAGCCAGGCGCGACCAUCUGGGGGAUGCGCUACGGCGUCUCCGACUCGAGGAUGAAGAAGUGUCGCGCGGGCGCCGCAAACUGCGCCAAGGUGCACAUUCACGACGGCGAUCAGAGCAGCGCUCGGGAUCUUCGGGCCUUGGUCGCUGCCGCGUUUGGCGACGCGUUCAAGGCGCCUGCCACACUCGCGAACCACGAAUGGCGGCGUGCUGGGUACGACGUCAUCAUCGACGAUGGCUCUCACGUGCCGGCGCACAUCCUCUUCACCUUCACAGAACUCUUCCCUAUGCUGCGGCCGGGUGGGGUCUACGUGAUCGAGGACAACGCAUUUUCAUAUGCCGAUAAGCCAACCACCGCCUACGGCUAUCGCGUUGGUCACCGUGGCGGCAUCGGCCGGCCAACCACCGACAAUGCUGUUGAGCGAUUCAAGGCUCUCGCUGACAUUGUCAAUCGGGAGGAGUGCUUCCAAGAUCUGGACAUCGUCAUCUUUAGCGAGGCAAUCGACCGCGCCGUGUUCCAGGUUGCGUUUGUCUCGGGACUCGUGUUCGUGUGGAAGAAGACGGCGGCGCAGCAGGCGGGGCUCGCCGGGAUCCCCUCUCUCCGGUGGACGAGUCACGCCAACGGCCCGGCGCUCCAAGAGUACAAGCGCUUCCUCGAGGCUGGGAAGCACGUGGGCGUCGGAGGCGUGCGCGUGUGA